UUCGCAGGAAUACUAAGAAAUCCAACCAAUGGGCUGAUAAUCUUCAUUGUAAGCAUCUGUCGAAUCGCAUUAGUUCCAAUGCUGAUGCUUUGCAAUGCUCAACCACGAACACAUUUACCAGUAGUUUUCGACCAAGAUUAUGCCUACGUUAUUUUUAUAAUAAUUUUUUCUUUUACAAAUGGAUAUCUAGUCAAUCUUUGCGUCAUACAUGUUCCUUCGGUGACUAAAGACGAGGAAAAGAAACUCUCUAUGGUGCUCAUCUUGGUGUUUAUGUUUGUAAGCUUAGACGCUUGUUCUUUCUUAAGUGCUGCUAUGGUUAAAGCACUUUGAGACUUGUAAGACAAGAAUGUUAAUAAUUUCGGGGCUAUCACGGUCGGAAUCAAUACAUGAUCGUUUUCCGGGGUGGAACCGUGUUAAUUUAGUUAUUGGGGUCCACGUUUACUCACACUUUCGUAAAUGGUAUCUUCAGGAACAGGGUUAAGAAUAAGGCAAAAGAGUACGGUGCGCAAUAACUAAAUUAACACGGAAAACGAUCAUGUUGUGACAAGAAUGUUACUUAAAUUAUUCUUGUUUAUUUUUGUUUUUAAUAAGGGGGGAAGUUGUAUAUUGUUCUCUAAGAGAGUCGCUUUGUUAGAUUGUUUAGUACCACCAAGCAGAUAAUUAAUAGUGCCUAACAUAAAAAAUUAAAAUGUUUUUAAUUUUUUUAUUUAUUUUAAAAAUGUACCUUCCCUUUUAUAAAUUUUAGUUUCGAUGAUAUUACUAGUAUCUUCAUCAUUUUAUUAUCUAUUAAUUUUAUAAGUCAAGGUCUGAAGGAUUAAGAUACGUUAUCAAUGAAAUAGCAUCUCACACUAAUUUGGUUGUGACUCAGUGUGCCUGCCCUAAAUUUGGUUUGCACAUCUUGAAGUCAUGACCCGUCAAAGAGAAGAAGAUCAUGGAGCCAUCGAACGGAUGAUUGAAGAACAAUUCGACCCUCCACUUAACGACAGAUUUUAUUCCACAUAUAUGAUGUUCUACUGUCUAGGUACUGCCUCACUCCUUCCGACAAAUUUCUUCACGACAGCUACAGAUUACUGGAUGUAUAAGUUUCGAGAUCCAACCAACGAGUUCUACACUAGUGAGAACAGAACCACACUACAAGCAGAAUUCGUGUCAGAUUAUUCUAUAGUAACUCAUAUAAGCAAUAUUGUUUUUAUUGUGCUCACACUAAUAUUCAUCAAGAAAGUGAGUAUGGUGAAACGGAUAGUGGCCGCUUUGUGUGGUUCGAUGAUUAUGUUUUUUCUGACUUGCGUUUUUGUCCAAGUGAACACAGAUUCAUGGCAACUCGGAUUUUUUAUAACGACUCUAGUAAUAGCAUUUAUCCUUACUGGGUUAUGUGCCAUGUUUACCGCGACUCUUUUCGAAAUGGUGGCGAGAUUUCCACCUCGCUAUGUAAUUCCCAUAGUUUCUGGAUAUUCAGUGUGUGGUGUUUUUGCAGCUGCUUUACAGAUCAUCUGUCUUAGCUUAGAAGCCUCUUCCAAUACAACCGGCUUAACUUACUUUACUAUAGGAAUGUUCUUUAUUGUUCUGACGUUGACAGCGUUUGUGGCAAGUCUGUUAACAUCGCAGUUUUUCAGAACUAAUCUCCGUAAAGAGGUAGAAGAAUCUAUGAAAACCAAAGUUACUAAAAGGGCGAUUUUUAGUCUCAUCAACAAGCUGAAAUUCUACUUGAUCUCUAUGUUUAUCGUCUUGGGGUGUAGUAUAAUGAUACACCCAGCGGUAACAUCGCUGGUGGUUUCGAUGGAAAAAGGAAAUGGGAACAAAUGGAACGAUGUGUUUUUUGUGCCUGUGAUAACGUUUUUUGUCUACUUUGUUGUGGACUAUAUUGGAAGGGAACUGGCAGCUGUAGUGAAAAAGCCAAGCAAUGGUAUCGUAAUCUUAAUAGUGAGUUGCUGUCGAAUAGCUUUUGUUCCAAUGCUGAUGUUGUGUAAUGCUCAACCGCGUUCCCACUUGCCGGUAGUUUUUGACAAAGACUACGUUUAUAUAAUUUUUAUAGUAAUAUUUUCGUUCACGAAUGGUUAUCUUGUCAAUCUCUGUGUUAUACAGGUUCCAACAGUUACCACUAAAGAAGAGAAAGAACUUUCUAUGUUGAUCAUAAUGGUGUUCAUGUUGUCCGCUUUAGGUAUUUGUUCACUAUUUAGUCCCGCUAUGGUUAAGGCGUUGUAAAUUAUUAUCUGUUUUUCUAGUCAGUCUGAAGUACUUGUACUUACGUAGGUAAUAAAUGUUUCAGAAAGUA